CGCGAAGUUCAGAACAUUUGAGAGAUAUUAAAGCGAUGAGGGAUUCUGAUGAUAGUGAAGCGAGUUCAGAUACCUUCAUUCUCAGUGAAGAGAGCAGCGAAAACAAUUGUGAGAGUGAAGGCGAUUCACAGAGCGAGGUGAAUGGGGUAUAUGAUUUAAUUGUGCAUCAUAGUGGGGUGUUAGGAGAAUGUUCGUAUUACAAGGGAAAACAGUUUCUGGUAGGGGAUAUAAAUGGCAGGAGAUUGACAAUGAAUACCCUAGAUAGGUUGCUGGCCAGAAAUGGAAUUAAGGGGUUAUGUAGGUACCACUGGAGGGAACAUAAAAAGCCAUUUUUUGGGGGUCUGAACAUUCUACAGUUUAAUAAGGAUGUUGCAAGAAUGUCAAGGGCUGGGAGUCUUUACGAUUCAGUUCAUUUAUACAUCGAGUACAUAACAAAAGAAGAAAUAUUGAAGAUAGUUAAUGAUCUGAAAAGUGCUCCCAAACCUCCUCCCAAACCUAGGCUUGUUUUACAGGAACUUGAGGAUGACACAUCAAUACCUUCUCACACAAUGGGGGCUAGAGGAAGUUCUGUGGGAAGUGUGUUAGCUAUAUGUUGGGUGGAGCAGGAACAGAGGUCUGAAAACAUUAUUGAGGGGAUAAAUGAAAGGGUAGAGGAGAUGGUUGAGGAUGUAUCUGCAGUUCCUCUUUCCACUGAUGGAGUUGUCAAUGAUGUUGAGAACACAGUUGUGAAUGAUGAUGAUAUCACUGCUUCCAAUGAAGCACACAAUGAAAGGGUUGACUGUGGAGAUUAUUUUGUUCAGAUCCUGAAUUCUGAUGUGCCUUCUUCAUCAAAUGGGGGUGUAAAUGAGAAAUGGGGCUUUGAUUCUUUAAAUGGGUGGAGCAAUGCAAACUUAGAUGUCAAUUUUCAGGAUAUGGCCAACAUGAGGUUAAAUGAGAAUUGGGACUUUGUUGUAGAUAAUAUGGGGAAUGAUGCUGAGGAAGUGGAUACCCCUGAUGGGACUGAAAAAGACACCUCUGGCAGAGUUAUACCUGAAGCUGCAGAUGAAGUUCCGAUUGAGGAUGAUGAUGAUCUAUAUGAUGCUGACUAUUCUGUAGAGGUAGGGGAUGAGGACUUCUGUGCAAAUACUGAAACUCCUGUGGAAUUCAGAGAUGAAGGAAGAAGGCGUGGCAGGCCAAGGAACAAGCAAGAUCAAAGUUCCAGUGAGCAAAAUUUGCAAUUUGAAAUGCAAAGUGAUUCCUCUGACUAUGCUGAGUCAGAUGAAUUACUCACAGAAUCAGAUGAGGAAAAUGCACAGAGGGAGAAGAGGUACCCUUCCUUUAAUGCAAAAAGGGAAAUGGGAAAGGGUGAAUUUAAAUUGGAAAUGUUGUUUAAGAAUGUUCAGGAGUUUAGGAGAGCUGUCAAGGAGUAUGGAAUCAGAGCUCACCCUAAGGACCCACUAGACCCCACCUUUCAAAUAAAAACUGGGUGUUUUGUGCAUAAAUGCAAAAAGAUGCACAAGAACAAUCAUUGCACCUCUUCAUGGCUAGCUAGGAAGUACUUGGAGGAUUUUAGGGUGAAUCCAGCUUGGCAGUUGAGUCACUUAAUUGCUAAAGUGGCCAGUGAUUGGCAGUACAACAUUAAAUACAUGAAGGCAUGGAGAGCAAAAGAUAGAGCCCUGAAAAUUAUUCAUGGGGAUGAGAGGACUCAAUAUGAAAAGCUGCUAGAUUAUAGGUUAGAGUUGUUGAGGACAAAUCCUGGGUCUACAAUACUCUUGAAAAGACAUGAGGGGUUUUUUAAGGGUAUUUACAUUUGCUUGGAACCUUUGAAGAGAGGAUUCAAAGCACACUGCAGGCCACUGGUGUGCUUGGAUGGUUGUUUUCUUAAGACAAACUAUGGGGGCCAACUGUUAACUGCUGUGGGCAUAGAUCCUAAUGACUGUAUCUUCCCCUUAGCUUAUGCAGUGUGUGAGGUUGAAGACUUUGAAAAUUGGCAAUGGUUCUUAAGACUGCUUGGUGAUGACUUGGACCUUCAUAGAGAUAGUGUCUUCUGCUUUAUGAGUGACAAACAGAAGGGUCUUGUAGGCGGAAUUGCUAGUUUAUUCCCAAAAGCAGAGCAUAGGAUGUGUGUGAGACACUUAUAUACCAAUUAUAGGAAUCACUUCAAGGGGUCAGAGUUAAAGGACUUACUCUGGGAUUGUGCCAGGGCUUCUUAUCCUGCAAGAAUGAGUCAAGAAUCGACCCACGGUCAGUACGUUCCGGAGCCGGAGCACGUGAGCGUGCACACGGUGAACACCGAGGGUUCGAGUUUCACGCCUCCGGGUGACGGAGGGCAACAGCAGAAUCAACCUGCGCCAGCGGGACAGCCACCAGUUGUACCACCGUCAAUCGUACCACCUCCAGUGAUGCCACCGUUGGCGAUACCGCCGGUGGUCUACGAGCAGAUGUUCCCGGCCAUGAUGGCCCAUUAUAUGCAGCACAUGGCGCAGUUUAUGCCCAUGUUCCAGCCACCGCCACCACCGCAGCCGCAGCCGCGCAUCGUUACCUUCAAGAUGUUGAAGGAUAAUGGAGCGGAAGAGUUCCGAGGAGACAAUAUGGGGGAGCCCCAGAUUGCAUUGGAUUGGCUUGAGCAGAUGGACUGGGUACUCAAGAAUUUGAGAGUCCCAGAUGCUGAUCGCUCGGAGUUGGCGUCACAGAUGUUCCGGAAGGGAGCAUAUGAUUGGUGGAAGCGCAUUGACCAGGAUCCACACACGCCCAAGCCGUGGACCUGGGAUCGCUUUGAUCGAGCCUUCACGAAGGAGUACGUACCCACCCGGUACCGCGAGGAGAGGCGCGAUGAGUUCGUUGCGCUUAAGCAGGAGGGGAUGUCACUGCCUGAACUGAGACAGAGGUUCGACUACUUGUCCCAGUACGCGACGAGUCUGGUCUCCACUCCGGAGGAUCGUUUGAAUGAGUUCGUCAAGAAGCUACGGCCGGACUUGAGGCCCACAACUCAGCAGAAAUGCCAUUAGGUUUUUUGUGGAUACUCUUGCCUUAAUAUAUAAGGCUUUUGUAU